AUUCAUUUUUAUUUAUUUUGAGUGGGCAGACCUUAAGACAAUUACUAUAAGUGUCUUUGAAGAAAUACAUUUUUUUUAACUGAGCCUGAGUUCGGACUGUUAAGAACAAAUGUUAUAAAACAUCUAUCCCAUUAAUUUCUCACAACAUGUGAACAUUGAAAUAAAAUACAGAAUUUUCUGACACUCACAAGAUAUUCCGGCACCCUUGUAAACAAAUAUAAUUUAGUAGCCUAUUAAGAAAUGGGUUUUCUGCAGUCAAAUGCUCCCCACUGAGCUAUACCCCUCAACUUUGGGUUUUCUAUUCCUAGGUAGUCCAGUUUUCUUCCAUUGCAGGAGUGGUUUUCAAAAUAUGGCACGCUGCCUGGAGAACAGAGUCUCACUGAUGGCCGCAAAGUGGUCCAAAAUGUCUGUAGGGCCUUGUUUUACAAUAUGACAUCUUUAAAAAAAAUUUUCAUAGGUUUUUGGGAGACAGGUGGUAUUUGGUUUCAUGAGUAAGUUCUUUAGCGGUGAUUUGUGAGAUUUUGGUGCACCCAUCACCCGAGUAGUAUACAUCUUAUGUAUGAACUCAUUUCCAUUUCUCAUAUAGUGAAACUAAGGGAACUAUGAAGUCUCCAAAUUUGUUGAUGUUCCUUGUUAUCACCAAGUUCUUUAUUCACUGGAAAGUGUAAAUUUGUGAAUGUAGUUAAAAGGAGUUCGUCUAGCUAAGGUCUUCAAUAUUUAGGAACUAAUGCACUAUACACUUCAUAAACACAAAAGUAGAAAAAAAAACUUUAAAUUAAUCCCUUUCUGUUAUGUUCCUCCUUGAUAAUUUGGGCUCUUUCCUUGAUGAACUACACUUCCAGUGUUGCUGCUAUUCCGACCACUUUCCUAACGCCCCGAGCCUAGGGCUAUAGUUCUCUGAGUCGGUUUACUCCAUUACUGCCAGGAGUGAGCCAGAAUGUUUCCAGGAAGAUGGUGCUUGGAGGCUUAGAGGACAGGAGAAUCCCCUAUGUCAGAUAACACUGUAAAGGCAUGUUCAAUGACAAAUUAUACAAUAGAAACACAUUUGCAUCAGAAAAUCGAGACAGAAGCUGUUUUUUCUCUAUAUAUUUAAAUAUUGUGUUUUUAAAUUUAAUGUUGUUUCCAUAUUGAAGUGCGUUUACAAAGGAGGCACUGCAAUUGUUUUGUGCUUGGGGCUCCAGAGGCCUUAAUCCUGCCUUGGCUAAGGAUGCGAAGGGCAGGAUUCUUAGUCAGUUAUGUCACAGGUGAAUAAUUGGGAGUUGUCUGCAUGUAUUUUAUGCUUCUUUCAGCUGUUAGGAAAUGCAACCCUCAAAUUAUUCUCUGCCGUGAGUCUUAGCUAUAGGUGAUUAAAAAUAGACAGGGAGGAGGGAAGGAUAUAGUUGCAGUUUGCAGGACAUAAAAAAUGCACAUGCUGCUAAAUUGUGCAAGCCACGGAGAACACUUCUCACAGGUGUUCCACUCUGCAGAGGUUACUCAUUUGCCUCCAAGUGCAAUCCAAGGUGUUGACUGGAGACUUUAAGGGGCCCUCACCCCUUUUUCUGCAUCUUAGAUUCCUGGAGAUAUCAAUACUUACCUGAGCUCAGAGGCAACCUCGACAACCACGCUGUCCCAACUCUGAAGUGCAUGGCACUGGAAGCUGGGUGUUUUUCUCAUGGAAGGUUUUUGCCUCUGGAAUUUCCUGCUUGUCCCAGUCUGCCAGAGCUCCAUCUUACUGACCUUCAGGGACUUGUGAAAGACGUGUUUUCAACAUAACCUUUAUUGAUGACAAGAGACCUUAAGAUCAUAAUUUUGUGAAAGAUAAUUUAAGCAAUUAUCAUAGCUCAUGUUCUUUUGGGUUAAAAUGAUUGAAUUUUGGUGCUGUCCUUCUGUAGCAACUUCAAAUAAGGUACAGUUUUAAGAAUAAACACACCAAUAAACGUUUGUUCCUAGUAUUGAGACUGCCGACCUGGAUGUGAAGAUAUUUGGAUUCUAAAAAUAGAAAAACUGUAAGUCAGAUUUAUGCCCUUUCUCACGCUGGUACCUCAGAUGUGCUGGUGCUUGCAAUAACCCUACAUUCCAAGGUGGUUAAAAACACCUGCUCCCUUAGAAAGCUCUAGGAUGGUGUGAUUGUCACAUCUGAAGCCCACCCUGGGAGAACAACAUUGGCUUUGGCUGGACGUUAAGAUAUUUAUUCUAGACGAUUAUGCCAAGACAUUAACAGCUGCAGGAUUAAUUAUUUACGUAGUGAGUGUCAAUCAUCUGAGACAAGAACCAAAGAAAAAUAUUUUAAGAUCAUCUGGUUAAAAAAAAAAAUCCCUGCUAUAUAACACAACUCUCUUGUCAUUUAUGACUAUUGAACUUCUCCCCAAAGAAGUAAUCUCAGAAAACUGCUCUUUUAAAAUUAUUUUCCCUUUCUUAAGUGUUCUAAGUGCUUUCCCUUUCAGAACCAAGCACCUUGGCCAUGUUUGCACUAAUUUUCAGAAGAUGCCCUCUACAUCAGGGUAACCGAUGACAGGUUUUAGUUUUGAAAACUUAAACACGGAAAAGAAAUCCGGCGAAAAUGAGCCCCCCGCCCACAACCCUUUCGGAUCCGCUGCGAGGCUGCGAUGCCUUCUGGCCUUCCCGGCUCCGCCAAAUAUGCCGAAGCUGCUAGCUGUGCUCUGCUAGCCCAGGGGUGGUCAAAGAGGAAAAACAAAUAGUUGGUCUGACGAUCUCCAAGAAGAGAGUUUCACUCUGGGUUGACUAAUAUUGGAAGCAUCCGCCCCAUCGCGGGGCUUGGCAUCUAGGCUUUGGGACCUCUGCCAUUGCCAAGGAUCUCUUCGGGGACCCGAGCCCCCGGGCUGAGGACCGCGGGGGACCCCAGGUCGGGACGGAGCCUCCUCUGGCUCGCUGUGCGCGCACGCCUGGAAAGGCGGGAUUUAAGGCAGCGAUGCUGCGGGAGGCUCUGCAGUGUCAACGAGCCCCCGAACGGUUCCGCCUCAUUCCCUCUCUGUGUGCCUCGCAAGUCUCUGCUUAGUAAACCGUCACAGCUUCGGCGCGCGCGAGUGGCGUUGGCACGUCCAAACCCCGGGGUCCUCGGCCAGGCCAGGGGGGCGGGCGUGCGGCGGGGCCGGGCCGGGCCGGGCGCGCCCAGCGGGCUCCGGGCACACGCCCCUCACCUGGGCGAGGCCCGGUGCGCAGGCGCUCAGCGCGGGGGCAGCGGCCGGGCGCUUAAGCCUGGCGCGGGCAAGAGUUGGACAGUUCAGGGGCCGCGCCGGGCCGAGCUGUCGCCCGCGCCACCUCCACCGCCGCCGCUGCUACCGCCACCGCCACCGCCUGGGCUGCAGCAGAUCGCGGGAGAACGUCUGCGCGAAGCCCCGGUGCAGCCCUGGCGGGACCGCAGCAACCACCGGAGCGUGAGCAACAGCUUCCCGGCUGGAGGAGCCACUGCCCCACGCGCCCGCGGCCCGCGCGCCGAGAUGUUCUACAUUUCAACUCCAUCAAAUAUUAAAUUGAUGUUUAUGGGCUAAACUGGAAACCGAAAAACAAUUUGUUUCACUACAAGAAUAAGAAAAUAUGUCCAAAUUCCUGUCAGCUGACUUAUAAAGGGACUUUUAGAACACAACCCAAUGCAUGAGGUACUCCUUAAGCCCUGACAACCAUCUUGAAGAUGGAAUCAUGAAUAUGGCAAAUUUUCUACGGGGCUUUGAAGAAAAGGGGAUAAAGAACGACAGGCCUGAGGACCAGUUGAGCAAAGAGAAAAAGAAAAUUCUUUUCUCCUUCUGUGAGGUGUGCAACAUCCAGCUGAACUCUGCAGCCCAGGCUCAGGUGCAUUCCAACGGCAAAUCCCACCGCAAACGAGUGAAGCAGCUGAGUGAUGGGCAGCCCCCACCACCCGCCCAAGCCAGCCCCAGCAGCAACAGCAGCACAGGCAGUACAUGCCACACUACUACCCUUCCUGCUCUUGUGCGCACACCUACCCUGAUGAUGCAGCCUUCACUGGAUAUCAAACCAUUUAUGUCUUUUCCAGUGGACAGUAGUUCUGCUGUUGGGCUCUUUCCAAAUUUUAACACAAAAAGAAGAGGCUUAUUUGGGACCAAUAAAUUUUGCCAGAUGGAUCCUGUGCAAAAAGCGGUUAUUAACCAUACAUUUGGAGUAUCCAUUCCCCCAAAGAAGAAACAAGUUAUUUCUUGUAAUGUCUGUCAGCUUCGCUUUAACUCAGAUAGCCAGGCCGAGGCCCACUACAAAGGAAGUAAACAUGCCAAGAAGGUCAAAGCACUAGAGGCAACGAAAAAUAAACCCAAAAUGGUUCCUUCCAAGGACAGCGCAAAGGCUAAUCCCAGCUGCUCCAUCACUCCAAUCACAGGCAACAACUCUGACAAAUCAGAAGAUAAAGGGAAGUUAAAAGCCAGCAGUUCCAGUCAGCCAUCAAGCUCUGAAAGUGGCUCAUUUCUCCUCAAAUCUGGCACAACACCCCUGCCACCUGGAGCAGCCACUUCUCCCUCCAAGAGCACAAAUGGAGCUCCCGGUACUGUUGUUGAAUCAGAAGAAGAAAAAGCCAAAAAAUUACUUUAUUGUUCACUAUGCAAAGUGGCUGUGAACUCCCUGUCACAGCUAGAGGCACACAACACAGGAUCUAAACACAAGACCAUGGUUGAAGCUCGUAAUGGGGCUGGUCCAAUUAAAUCCUAUCCUAGACCUGGAUCAAGAUUAAAGAUGCAGAAUGGCAGUAAGGGGUCAGGACUACAGAACAAGACAUUUCAUUGUGAAAUCUGUGAUGUUCAUGUUAAUUCAGAAAUUCAACUCAAACAGCACAUUUCUAGCCGAAGGCAUAAAGAUCGAGUUGCAGGGAAACCACUGAAGCCAAAAUACAGCCCUUACAACAAACUCCAGCGGAGCCCGAGUAUUCUAGCAGCAAAACUUGCAUUCCAGAAAGAUAUGAUGAAGCCUUUGGCCCCAGCCUUCCUGUCCUCACCUCUCGCAGCGGCGGCAGCCGUGUCCUCAGCGCUGUCACUCCCACCCCGGCCCUCUGCCUCGCUCUUCCAGGCUCCAGCCAUUCCUCCAGCUCUUCUGAGGCCUGGGCAUGGGCCCAUCCGUGCCACUCCUGCCUCCAUCCUCUUUGCUCCGUACUAACGUCUGCAAACCCCAAGACGUUUGAGGCCAGUAGGAAGUUGAGAAAGAAAGCCACAAGGAUUCAGCAAUUUAAGCAGUUUGUGUUGCAGUACCCCCAUUCACCCACAAAAUGCAGCCCACCACCCAGCUCCCCAAUUCCAAAGAGAAACACAUCACUAGAUUCACGAGGGCUUUUAGAGACUGCUCCUAUAAUUGAGGAAUCUGAGCAGCAUAGGCUUUAAAAUCUCCCUAUUUCCUCCCCCACCCUACCGCGUUCAAUUUGUGUAUCUCAGAUAUUUGAUUUCUUGAGCAUGUAUUGGUCAGAAAGAAAAAGAAAGAAAAUCAUUCUCUAUUUUUCCAUGGGUAUGAUCUGGCUUAAAACAAUAUGGAAUAUUUUCCUGACAGACUUGAAAACUAGGAUCUUCCUCAGAUGUCUGUAAAUAACUCUGGUAUCCAACUGGGUGUAUUCUAGUGUGGAACAAAAAACAAUGAACACAAGUGCUUACUUGUGGAUACUAUCUUACCAACAGAUCACAAAGUUCUCUUUUUGGUGUACUGUUGUUGACAGGGAUUGUGUACUGUUUCGACCCAAGUACUGUUGUAUCCUGUGUAGUACUAGAUCUGUAUCUCUUGUCUGAAUUAAACAUUUUUAGUUGCUGUGUAAAUGUUAGGAAGCAAAGUAGCUUUGAAUUUUCUCUUUAAGAGAAUAAAAGAUAAAAUAAUGUAUUUUCUUUAUUUCACAUUUUAUUUGGAGAUAUUUAAAUGAAAUAGAAAGCCAUAUAACAUAGCUAUAAUUACUACCUGUUUGCUAUUUUUGUUUAACUUAUUUUGUAGCUUCCUCACUGGUUUGUGUUGCUAAGCAAACGUAUACAAACAGAAAAAGAGCUUCCUAAAUUGCACAUUUUUGCACCUCUUGUGCAUUCUGCAAGAAGACAAUGAAUCCAUGUAUUUCUAUAUAAGUAUCUUCAUUUUUAACCUGUUUUCAUUUGUAAUGAUGCUACAUAAUUUUGUGGCUCCCUAAUGCAAUAAUGUACAGAAGAUAAAAAAAUUUAUAAUUGAACAAUUUGUCUUUCUGUUCGCUGAGUAUAUUGCAGGUCAUGCUCCCAUGCCCCCCUUUCUAAGCCGAUAUCAACAAGACUGGAAUGUUUGUGAUAUCAGGGGCAAGAGUUAUCAUAAAACAACAAAAUAGAGUGGACUCUUUUAGAGCAUCUAUAUCUGCAACCUGUAAAUGGUAAAAUGUCUGUGUAUUUUUUUAAAUGUACCUUUUCAAUAAAAGUACAAAAAAUAAAA